AUGGUCCCAACGUCAAUUCCCACUACCCAGUUGAAAGACGGAACUUCAAUUCCUGUGAUUGGAUAUGGAACCGGCACUGCUUGGUUCAAAAAGAAAGGAGAUACUAGCAUCAAUCGUGACUUGGUCGAAUCGAUCAAAACGGCCAUCAGGUUAGGAUAUCAUCACUUGGAUAGUGCCGAGGUUUACGGCACUGAGCGGGAAUUGGGCGUUGCGAUUAAAGAGUGUGGUGUCCCGCGAGAGCAAUUAUUCGUGACAACCAAGGUGAACCAGAACAUUGCGAAUGUUCCCAAGGCUCUAGAAGACAGCCUAGAGAAGCUCCAGUUAAGCUAUGUUGAUCUAUACUUGAUCCACCAGCCUUUCUUCGCCGAAUCUCCAACUGAGCUUCAGGAUGCAUGGGCGGCUAUGGAGAAAGUGAAGGAAGCAGGCAAAGCCCGAGCGAUUGGAGUGUCCAACUUUCUAGAGAGCCACUUAGAAACGAUUUUGGAUUCAGCGAGGAUCCCGCCAGCAAUCAAUCAGAUCGAAUAUCACCCUUAUCUGCAGCAUGGCUCUCUCGUCCCAUACCACGAGAGGAAGGGUAUCGCGGUAGCCAGUUAUGGGCCACUCACGCCGGUUACUCGAGCCAAAGGGGGUCCGUUGGAUCCGUUGCUGUCGGAACUGGCUGGCAAGUAUGGCGUUGGCGAAGGAGAGAUUCUUCUGAGAUGGUCCCUUUACCGUGGCGCCGUAGCCAUCACUACCAGUGGAAAGGAAUCUCGCCUAAGCACAUACCUAAAUGUUUUCAAAUUCCAAUUAACACAUGAAGAAGUGCUCAAAAUCUCCCGGAUUGGCGAUCAAAAGCAUUAUAGGGGCUUUUGGUCUGACAAAUUCGCGGCCGAUGAUCGGUCAUAG